AUGGCGGCGCUAUCGGCUCCUGGCCUGCUUCGUCUCCAGAUCCUUGGACUGCGCUCCAGCCUGGGCACAGCUGUGCAGGGACAAGGCGUCCACCAGAGUGCAGCCGCUGGCCAUCCAAGCAGUGCCCAGCCCACUGUGCCUAAAGCCGGAGCCGUAGUCCCCAAGCCUGCCGCCCUUCCCAGCAGCCGAGGUGAAUAUGUGGUGGCCAAGCUGGACGACCUCAUCAACUGGGCCCGCCGGAGCUCCCUGUGGCCCAUGACCUUUGGCCUGGCCUGCUGCGCCGUGGAGAUGAUGCACAUGGCAGCACCCCGCUACGACAUGGACCGCUUCGGCGUGGUCUUCCGUGCCAGCCCACGCCAGUCUGAUGUGAUGAUUGUGGCUGGGACACUCACCAACAAGAUGGCCCCUGCACUCCGAAAGGUGUACGACCAGAUGCCAGAGCCCCGCUAUGUGGUGUCCAUGGGGAGCUGUGCCAAUGGUGGUGGCUACUACCACUACUCCUACUCUGUGGUGAGGGGCUGCGACCGCAUCGUGCCGGUGGACAUCUACGUCCCAGGCUGCCCGCCCACGGCCGAGGCACUGCUCUACGGCAUCCUGCAGCUACAGAGGAAGAUCAAGCGAGAGAAGAAGCUCAAGAUCUGGUACCGCAGGUAG